AGAAACAACAUGGCGCAAUGCGCCGACUUGCAAUUGACUUUCUGGCCAGAUUCAUAGCAGUCAAAUUUCCCUGUCUCCAUUCGGCAUCCCGUUUAUACGUUCGAGCGAACCUCCGCUACUUCUCAUCUUCGCGGUUCGCGCAACCGACCUACCUCAAUCAGUCAUUCCAGGUUCCUGUUGGAAACAAUGGACAUGUAGCCCUGACUGUAACCUAUCCCUCUAUAGCCCCUACCGGUGGCAAACCAAAUGUGAUCAUCCGACUACCUCGGGGCCCGUUGUUUCGGCGAGAGGCAGAACAUGGUGCAAGUCAAGAUGAUCCUUGCUCAGAAGCUCUGGCGUCUGUCACUUCCUCGACGGUUGUAACGAUCAAUUACCGUCUAGGGGCAACACCACCGACGGACCUUGUGCCGGUGUCGGCGCUAUCCCAAAACGAAGAAGAGAGGAGUCCCUCCACGGCCAACAAGCAAGUCUUCUAUCGGUACCCUACACCCGUCCACGAUACCCUGGCCGGAUUCGAUUGGGUCCAGCAGAACCUGCAACCCGCGCGCCUAGGUGUCAUCGGCACACACAUCGGUGGCUCGUUAGCGCUCAUGCUAUCCCUCACCGAAGCGCAAUCUGUUCAUGCCGUCGCCGCCCUAGAACCUAUCUGCGAUUGGGCCGGGCUGGACGAGCACUGUCUCAUGGAAGAGCAACCAGCUCACGAGGGAGAUACUGCCAGCAAGAGAACACGGGGUGCAGGAAGCCGAGUGCCCGCUGCACAGGAUCUCGUCCCGCUCCUUGAAGCUCGGGAGACAUUCUUUGCCUCGCCGGAGCGCUACUUUGAUGCUUUUGCGUCGCCAGUCCUGUUCCUACGGUCAGCGGGCAAGGAUGUUCCGAGGACGUUUCCGAAGUACCGCACUGGACCGAACUCUCCCGUUCCUGUGCUUGUGUCCAGUAAGCCAGACAGACAGCCGAUUGGUGUCUGGGAUCCCGAUACGCAGGACCAGACAAUCCCCCAGCAGGGUGACAUCUACGACUCGGAGACAGAUCUACUCUCUGUUCCAGACUCAGACUCAAAAUCCAGAAUUGACCCCGCCGAUGCCAGUUUCGGCCUCCAUGGCCGCGCCAUCCGCCGCCGCAAAGCCCUCUCACGCUGGCCCCCGUACGGUCUAGACUAUGGUUCGAGCGCGUCCCUCGCUACCACAUCUACAACCAAGGAAUCAAACGGCUCGAAAUGGCCCUCCCGAACAUUCGUCUCUUUGUCUGCGCCCACGAGAGCGAAAACGAACAGACUGACUCCGUCUCUGCACCAGGCGGAGAUGGGAAAAGGCAGGCCCCCCGACACUCUAGAAAGACACAGCGGCGCUCAGGCAUGUUUCUGGGGCCGGGAAAAGGGGUACGGAGAGAGCAGGGUCACGCUUGCGCAGGUGCCUCCUGGCUCUGGCGAGGAAGACGCGGGGAGAUGGCUGGGUGAGACGUUGCUUUCAAAAGAUUCAGAUGCCAAUAGCUGA